GCCAGCGGGCGCAAGUUCCGCGAGGAUUGCGGUGAAUGUGCUCUUUUCAAACAUGGGGAGGUUAUCUUUUUGAAGCGGAGUACUAUGUGGGACCUCGGUAACCGGGCUGCCGUGGUGUUGAUAAGCGUGACGUGCGGGUGCGUGCUGCUCUACAACGCCUGGGGCGCGGUCCUCGCGCUCGCGCUCACCCUCCUGCUGGUGGUCUACGCCUGCUACUCGUUGCUCGCGAACGACAGCCUGGUGUCGCCGCGCGCGUACCAGAUCCUCGUCCACCUGAGCGAGGCGGCGCGCGACCUCGUCGCCGCCAGCCGCGUCCUCUACGCCCACGGUGAAGGACAAGUGCGUAAGCUCGGCCAGGGUGCGAGUCGUUAUUACCGCGAACAUUUCCCGUUCAGGAUGUCCAGCAAGAGACGCACGAGCGCUUAUCAGUUGAGCAGCGAGCCGUGCGUCAAGCCUCGCGGAGACUCCUCGACGCCGACGUCCAGGUUCGGCUCGAUCGAUCAAUUGAGCCCGAUCCCGCGCAUUCCUUACCGUCCGCACGGCGAUGACAAGCUCGCGGUGGACGGCAGGUUCUACGACGUCGGUGACAGCGAUCGCUCGUCGCAGCAGCAGUUCGGAACUGCCAAGCACACUUCCACGCCGGUGCUCGAACCUGGGGACAGAGAGGGGACUUUUAGGAACGGCGACGUUGAUCCUGAUUUACGCCGGAUUUCCUCGAAGAAGAUCUCUUCUAUGAAUACUCAGGCUUACGGAUUGAGCUAUAGUGAGAAUGUCACCCAGUUCAGUCCGGAGGGCUCUCCUUGGGGUGUGAGUAUCAGUCCUGCGAUGCGUCCCAGACCAGCGGGUAUCAAAACUGUCCAGACUGUCGCUGGACCAUUGUUAGCAUCGACAAGAUACAAUAUUGAUCCAAAGGUGUACACGGAUGUAACAUCACCAGGUCUUACAACGAGACUCACCAAGUACGCUACGGAAGCAAAGAGUAAAUUAAUCCAUCAAUCUCAGUAUGGCACUGGACAGUUUCCGAAAGUUAAUCUUUAUGCGAGUCCAAUUCCUUUGUUGAAUGCGAAAUCUACAAAGAUGAGAAUGCCUGUGACAGUUAGGGUAGCAGCACCAGAUGUGGCAAAGUAUUCUCCACCGGAAAGGCAAAAGAUUCUGUCUAAUAUUUGUCAUACAGAGAACAGGUCACCUACAAGUGUCGUCCAGGUCUUAAAGGAGAUAUCAUUAAAACGACACGCAUCAACGGAUGAUGUCAGUUUUGAUGUUGCUAAGAAGCAAAAAACAGACAGUUUCUUCAACGAGGAAAGAGAAUUGAUCCUGGAAGAAAACAAGCAGAAACGUGGGAGAGACGAAUCAUCCAAAUCGGAAGAGGAUUUUUCUCCUCAGAGCAAAUCUGCCAGACCUAUAAAACGUACGAAAACACAGUCCUGUUACGAUAUCUUGAAUUCACUGAGUUCCAGUAUGAAUGUUCCCACUGGCGUUAAAAGAAAAGCAGUUGAUUUCUCACGUAGUGGGACACCCGAUUUCGAAAAGCAUUUCAAGUCAUUGGAAAGUUCACGUCCCAGUAAUACCGCAUUGCAAACUCAAAAUUUAGAUACAAGUCAUGCAGAUAAAGCUGAACUUAAGGAAAUAUAUUCGAAAAAUGUCGACACACUUAAUUCUAAUAAAAUGGAAGAAUUUCCUCUGAUGAAGGGGAUAUUGAAGUCAUCUAGAGAAUUAAAAAGCAACUUAAAUAAAGCAGUAUCAGUAGUGACUCACAAAGCUACAAAAAAGGCUGCCACCGAAACUAACGAUGCAAAAUCUGUUCCUCCGUCAAAAUCCUAUCAAAGUUCUGUCAAAUUGACAGAAAAGCUAUUUAUGAGAGCCGAACCGGAACGUAACGAACAGUUGAAGUCGCUCGUAGAAGAACCAAGUAACAUAAAAGUUAAAUUUGCAACGGAUAAUGUGGAAGAGAUAAAGAGGGAGGACAUACGAAAUAUGAGACGAACUAAUAUGAAGGCCAGACUUCAAAGUAUGUUUGAUGCAAUAUCGGGAAAAGCGGAGAACAAAAUUAAUCCGGAUGUUGUUAUUCAAGCGGACGAUAUUAAUGCGACAAUUACGCCACCAGUCACGUGUUCAGUCAUUUGUGCGACCCUCAAUUCUUCGACGACCACGACCAACAUCAACACUACACCACUAUCCACCGCGGCUAUUGUUCCAAGUGGUUUCUCUUCGUCGAGUUUCGACGCGAAACUCGGCACAAAACCAGCUAUAAUUUUCAGCUCACCGAAUGUUAAACCGAAUACUACAUCGAGUACUGCACCGAAUACUACAUCGAAUAUUGCACCGAAUAUUUCACCGAAUAUUUCACCGAAUAUUACACCGAAUACUACAGUACAAUCGAGCAUGCCGUCGAUAAGUAUUCCCGAAACAAAAGGAACAACCGAUCAAGCGAAAGUUAUACCACUUAUGCCCGUGAUUGUGAAUACGGAAUCUUUACAAAAAACUGUCACUUCGACUCCAAGUACAGCACCAACUUUCGCCUUCAGCAAACCGAAAACAACAGUUACAACGUCGAGUACAUUGCCGAACUUUGGUACUACUAGUUUAUCCAACAGCAGUACUUUUGCGCUAUCUACUGCUACUACACCAACAUCUUCGUCAACGGCUAUUAAUUUCCUACCGGUCGAUAAAACGCCAUCGAGCUCGGCAUUCGCAUCUGUAAAUCCUAGCGCUGCAACAAACGUGAAUAUCAAGACGAAUAACAUUAUUACUACAAGUGCAACCGUUAGCUUAUCCACCGCAAUCAAUACUACUACACAGGCUAGUCCUACCUUCACUUUUGGUAGCAGCAAAUCAUUUUCAUCUCCGGUUACGAUUGCUCAAACUAUAACGUCAAGUUUAUCGUCUCCUGGGAUGAUGAUAUUGCCGGUUAAAACAACUUCAAAAUCAGUCGGUGCCACCACAUCCAGUUUUAACAGUACUGCAAGCAGCACGUUGAAUAAUCCUGCAACAACAAUAUCUACGGCUCCACCUUUAUUCGCUUUCGGAAGCAACAGUUCGGCUGUUUCGCAACUUCCAAAGUCGAAUACCUUCACGUUCGGUCAAUCUGAUGGUAACAUUCAGUCGAAAGUGAACUCCUUCGGAAGUCCCUCGGGCGGCCAGACGACAUCAUUGUCGCAAGUUACGACUCAAUCUUUUAAUUUUACAUCUAAUAUUUUGGCGACGACCACCGCAAGUAACUCAUUUACGAAUACCACGGAUACCACGUCGUUAGCAACGACGAUACCCGGAUUAUCGAAUACACCUGCGUUCUCGCUCACGUCCACCACUUCCUCGACGUCUGCUUCAUCUACCAACAAAUCUUUGUUCACCUUUGGCUCUUCCAACACUUCAAAUGCGACGUCUACAGCUGCGGUUCUACCAGUUGCAACCACCAGCAAUGCAAGUAAUUUCGGCGUGAUGAAAAAUAACGCUGUUCUCGCGUUUGGCGCGUCUACCACGAGCAUCACUCCGCAAUUUAGCACGUCUACAAUCGCCGUCCCACAAUUCGGCGUGUCCACUACGUCCAUCUUCGCCACUACGUCGAAUACGACGACGAGCACAAAUAUCUUCGGCUCGACGAGCAAUAAUAGUCAGUCAUUUUUUGGAACUGCAGCUACGGUACCGGGAACUACUGGCAUAUUCAACAGCCCGACGACCACGGUGCCUUCGAUCUUCGUAACGACGACCAGCACUGCGCCUUCGUCAAGUAGUACGAUUAGUUCCGGUUUGUUCGCCAGUGCUAACGCCAAUUUGACUUCAACCACCACAGCACCUUUGAUGUUUGGUAGCAACACGCCGAUUUUCGGACAGACCAAGUCACCGUCUUUCGGCACAACAGGCGGCAUGUUCAGCAGCACGACAUCACCAUUAUUCAGUGCAACCACGCAAGCUGGCACGACCGCGUCCACAUUUAAUAUCGGAAAUGUCUCCACUGGUACAAUCACCCCCGGCUUCGACAGCACGAGCAACACGACGCCCGCAUUUGGAACAUCAAGCGUAGGAACAGCGCAGGUAGCACCGGGUUUCGGUGGUACGACUAAUAUAUUCGGUUCGACCGAUAAGAACACAUCGGUACCCAUAUUCGGGACGAAUUCCACGCCUGUUGGUGCCGCGACCUUCGGCCCCUCUGCGACAACGAGCACCUUCGGCACGCAAAAUCCUUCGAGCCUCACGUUUGGGUCCGCAGGAAGUGGCGGCAUCACGUUCGGUGAUAACAAAUCUCCAUUCGCAACAUCCGCGACUACGACGGGCUUUGCUGGCACAUCUACGUCGCCUUCGAUUCCCGCCUUCGGGACCAACAACGCUAAUAGUGCGAGCAAUAACACAAAUGCUAUGUUCGUCUUUGGAAGCAAUCAGAAAGAUGGGCAGCAGAACACUGGAUUCCCCUUCGGUAGUUCCAAUUUCAACGCUGGAAAUAAUAAUUCGGCGGCCGCAUCGUCUGCUCCGUUCCAAUUUGGAUCUACAGCUCCUAAAUCAGCAGCACCAGGAUUUAAUUUUACCGCACCACAGUCAACGGCUCCUGCGCUUAAUUUCGGAACACCAACAGCACCUUCGACCUUCAACCCUUCCACGCCUGGUAUGUUCAACAUCGGAAGUGGAUCCACCGCACCGCGAUCUAGGACAAUUCGAACACGAAAACCAAGAUGAUGGAGAAUGUAAACGUCGCUCAUUUGAGUGCAUAUUUUUGUUUGAAAUAUAUAUUUGGAGUGUUUAUUUAA